UGCCCGACGGUGAUUGCCAAGGGCUAAGUUCAACAGAAUAGCACAAUCUCCUCUAUGAUCUCUGACCCCAAGCCCUAGUUCUUGCCUAAGGUAACAGCGACAUAUUGGGACCGUAGGCUGUAGGGAGCCAAUUAGGUUAUCUUGGUAAUUAUAAGAUCAAACGAGGCUAACUAGCACAAUCUGAACUCUCGCUUCUCUCGCUCUCUUUCUCUCUCUCCCUCGAUGCUGGAGGAGCACCAUCUGAAAGUCUCUGUCUUGAGGCUAUUUGCCUCGAGCAUACCAGCCAGAUCGUUUGUUCUUGGGAAAGGUUUCACAGGACAAGAACAGCCCAACAGCGCAUUGCUUUCCCCCAUAAGUCUGAACUCUUGAGUGCAUUUAUGGUUCCUGAAGCAAGAAUUCUUUUCCCCUUUUCACUUAUCCCAUAUCACUGAUCUUCUUAUUUAGCAUGCUGAGGUUCCAAUACUGAAGGCUUAUGGUUUCCAUCUGUGGCCACAUCCUUUAUCCAUCGUUAUUCCCCUGAUAAAAGAGAUUUAAGGGAGAAGAGGACAUCUCUCUCUCUCUUUUUAUUUCUUUCUUGUGUGGGUUCAAGUUGGACUUUGGCUUCUUCAAAUCUAAAUCUUAAGCCAUCUCUCAGCUUGGUAUUUCUCCCAUCGACCAGGAUCUGGAAAAAUGAGGAAGCAUGGGUGGCAGCUUCCUUACCAUCCUCUUCAGGUGGUAGCAAUAGCCGUUUUUCUUGCACUGGGGUUUGCUUUCUAUGUGUUCUUCGUCCCAUUUGUUGGAAAGAAGCUGUUUCAGUAUGUGAUAAUGGGGCUUUACACUCCCCUGGUUAUGUGCGUCUUUUGCUUAUACGUGUGCUGUGCAGCAACAGAUCCUGGUGACCCUGGUAUUUUCAAAUCCAAGAAGCAUCUUAAAGUAGAGGAUCACAGAGAACAGAAUCUUGCCGAGGUAUCUAAGCAAGAAGGCUCAACAAAGGAACUAAACAUUGAAACAACUGCCGAAAUGCAACUUGAUGGGAACAUCAACUCGGAUGCCACUAGGGAUGAAUUGCAUUCUGAAAGUGAGAGAUUGCCUGGCUACACUAUGACUUGGAUGGCAGCAUUUUUGAGCUGUUGUGGAAUGUCUUUUAUGUGUAAUUGGUGUCAUUCACAUGAGCAGUCUUCUGAACAGCAACUGAGUGAGGAAGGCAUGUUUUACUGCAGUCUGUGUGAUGUUGAGGUGUUGAAGUAUAGUAAGCAUUGUAGAGUUUGUGACAAAUGUGUGGACGGAUUCGAUCAUCAUUGUAGGUGGAUCAACAACUGUAUAGGAAGAAAAAACUAUAAAAGGUUCUUCAUCCUCAUGGCAUCUUCUCUUCUCUUGCUUAUUCUGCAGUGGUUGAUUGGGAUCCUCGUGUUAAUACUCUGUUCUCUUGAACGAAAGCGGUUCUCUGCAGAAAUCAUCUCAAAGUUGGGAAGCAGCUUCUCUUUAAUACCAUUUAUCGUGGUGGUGGCUUCCUGUACCUUCUUAGCCAUGGUUGCCACUCUACCAGUCGCACAACUUUUCUUCUUCCACAUACUUCUGAUAAAAAAGGGAAUCAGUACGUAUGAUUACAUCAUAGCUUUGAGGGAGCAGGAGCAGGAACAACAUGCUGUUGAUGAACAACAAAGUCCACAAAUGUCUCAAGUGAGUUCCUUCACCGGAAUAAGCAGCACCAGUUCUUUCAAUGCAUUUCAUCGAGGGGCAUGGUGUACUCCACCAAGACUAUUCCUUGAAGAUCAGUUUGAUGUUGUACCCCCAAAGAUUGGCACAUCUGCAAAUUACACAAGCAAGAAGAUGAUGCCAGAGGAACAAGUCAAGAAAAGGAAUGCUGGAACUGUCAAAAUUAGUCCAUGGACCCUUGCUCAUCUUAAUGCCGAAGAAGUUUCAAAAGCUGCUGCGGAGGCAAGGAAGAAAUCCAAAAUCCUGCAGCCAAUUGUUAGACGAGAAGUUCUGCAGGGGCAAGACGCAGAGAACAAUAUUGGCAGAAUUGUCCUGAGGCCUGAUAACCAUAGUCGGAUGAACAAAAGAGGAAGGAUUCCAGUUGACCUUCCUCUUGAACCUCUUGCAAAAGUUUCUGCUAGUGCAACCGACGGUAAUGUCAGCGACCUGGUUCCUAAAACAUCCUCCAGUUUAGCACCCCUGCAGCUUGAAGCCCGUAGUGCUUUUUGGCCUAACAGGCCGAUGCCAUCUGCUAGAGUUAUUGCUUCUUCUCCUGAUAGUAGUUUGGACUCACCUGAUCUACAUCCAUUUCGCAUUUCCUCUUCGGGAACCGAGGAAGCACGAGGUCUCAAUUCCAUUUCCAACCCAGGCAUUAUCCCACCGAGGGGGAUUCAGCGCUCAAGAUCAACCAGUGACGGGUACGAAGCAUCUGGUGGUGAAGACAGCGACCGGAUUCCGUCAAGGAUAGUCCACAGGUCAUCCAACUGGGCUAGCAUUGUCCUUGGCUCUGAACAUAGUCAGAUAGUGGAUGAUCUGAAGGCCUCAUCCUCCGCAAGCUCGCAACUAUACACUAGACCACAGUAAUGCAACACGAGAUCAGAUACUUGAUGCAAAGGCUCGACUUCCCGGCAGACCGAUUGAAUUUCCCCAUAGAAAAUGUGUUAUUGAGUGGAGUUCCAACAAUGGAUGGAAAUGAUCGGAAGCUGAUCUCUCUUACAAGAGAUAUUUUGGUGCUGUGACUUGCAACUAUUGCUUGGAAUGUAAUGGUGCCACCUCGACACGUGUUAUUAUCGGCUAUCAUGCUUGAACAUAUUCACCAGUUUCUCUGGUCUCAGUUCUAUUAUUGUAUCUACCCUAAUUUGGCAUGUUUAUUAUGUUUGAAUUGACAUACUAAGCUUGACUGAUGUGGUAGCACUUCGGAAAUCUUGUAAUGCCAUUUUAAGAUUAUCAAUUUCUUUUUCUACUA